UCACAUAAUAUUACUCAACACCAGCCUCUCCCCCCACCCUCUGUCCACUUCUCCCCGUUUCCCCAUUUUCCAUCUCUAGAGAGAUAUAACACAAGGUUGUAGAGAUGGCUGCAACUUCUGCUGCUGUGUUGAAUGGGCUGGGCUCUCCCUUCUUGACUGGAGGCAAGAGGAGCCAGAGCUUGUUGUCUGCCGGGGUUGCAGCCAAAGCUGGUGCUGCUGUGCCUGCCCCCAGGAGGCUCAUUGUCGUCGCUGCUGCCCCUAAGAAGUCGUGGCUUCCUGGUGUUAAAGCUGGUGGCAACCUCGUCGACCCUGAGUGGCUCGAUGGCUCGCUUCCCGGUGACUAUGGCUUUGAUCCACUGGGACUAGGCAAGGACCCAGCAUUCCUCAAGUGGUACAGGGAAGCCGAGCUGAUCCACGGGCGAUGGGCAAUGGCAGCAGUUGUGGGAAUCUUCGUCGGCCAAGCCUGGAGCGGCAUCCCAUGGUUCGAAGCCGGAGCAGCCCCUGGCGCCGUUGCACCGUUCUCUUUCGGGACCCUCCUUGGAACCCAACUCCUGCUCAUGGGGUGGGUUGAGAGCAAGAGGUGGGUGGAUUUCUUCAACCCGGAGUCACAGUCCGUGGAAUGGGCCACCCCGUGGUCGAGGACGGCUGAGAACUUUGCCAACGCCACCGGGGAGCAGGGCUACCCGGGAGGGAAAUUCUUCGACCCAUUGUCACUUGCUGGCACAAUCAAAGAUGGAGUGUACAUCCCAGAUGUGGAAAAGCUCGAGAGACUGAAACUGGCGGAGAUUAAGCAUGCAAGGAUUGCCAUGUUGGCUAUGCUAAUCUUCUACUUUGAGGCUGGCCAAGGGAAGACACCCCUUGGAGCUCUUGGCUUGUAAACUGCUGCCUUUUUUUUUUCAGUUUGAAGGUGAAUGUAAUGUAAGUAAUUAAAUUUAGAGACCAGAGAAACGAAACCCACCAACCUAAAUCUAUCUUUUCCAGCUAAAAUUCAAUUUUUUUUUUUCUUAUUGGAUUCUCUUGGGAAGAGGGUGCACUCUGCUAGUUAAUUGUGACCCCCAGUCUACUGUGCUUCCAUUUCUCUGUUGGGGAAUAUAAUUAAUGAGAAAUGUGGGUUCAUUUGGUUUGGUUUGGCCUUCA